CCGAGCCCCGCCCCGCUCCCUGCCUCUGCUGGGUCUGGGUCUGGAGCGGAGCGCGCAGAGCCCACCGAGGCCGCCACGCCAAGGCUGCUGAGGUCCGUGGGGCCGCAGGAUCCGAGGUGUCUGCUCGCGGCUCCGCGCGUUCCCGGGCAGCUGUGCAGGCGGCUGGACCCGCAGCAGCAGCAGCAGCAGCGGCAGCAGCGAGGACUCGAGCGCGGGCGGCAGCGGCGACACCAUGGAUCUGUCCUUUAUGGCCGCACAGCUGCCCAUGAUGGGAGGCGCCUUCAUGGACUCGCCCAACGAAGACUUCAGCACAGAGUACUCCCUCUUUAACUCUUCCACCAACGUCCACGCGGCCUCCAGUGGCCAGGGCCAGCUGGAGGAGUCUCCGCGGUCCUCCAACGACGCGGUCCUGCUCUGGAUUGCCAUCAUAGCGACCCUGGGGAACAUUGUGGUGGUUGGGGUGGUGUAUGCCUUCACCUUCUGAGGUACGCGGCACCCACCAGCUCCGAGCCGGCUCAGCCCGAGCUGGGCUCACAGCAGGGCCAGGCUUUGCUGGGGACACUGGUGCUGUUGGCCUUUGGCUGGUCCUACCUUCUGGAACCAGGAGCUCUGACCACGCGCAUGGCCUCUCCGGGGGCAGCGACCGUGCAUCAGGAGUUCCCCCAAACAGCCCCGAUUUCCAGUGUUCUGGGCUGUGAUCAAGCUGAUCCAGAAGACAUGGGCGGGUGAGCCUCCGGCCCCUGGAGGCGCGAUGGGGCAAAGCCUUUGCAAGGAGCCAAGUGGGGACUUUUUGAACCUAUAUUCCGAGAACGUAAGACCAGAGGAAAUAGCCGGUUAGGUGUGAAAUAUGGACAUGGUGGGACGAUCCCUUGCUGACAGUAAAUAAUCACUAUGUGUCUUGUUUUUAUGCCAAGUUGCUGCACCUGGUGUGUGGGGUGCCCGGCAGGAGCAGCUAUCAGAACUGGAGUGUUUCCAGCCCAGCCGUGGUCCUCCCCCUCAGCCCUUUGGAAUACGGGUGGUGUGACCUGGGCCAUAGAAUGUUCUUUGUUUGACGUGGACAGGGCACCUUCGUCACCAGACAUUUGGCCCCUUUUGAGACCCAGAUGGAUGAGGAAAUCCAAGGACAGGAGGUGACUGGUGAUGGGGUAGGAUUUCCAGGGGUGGGGGGCUCUCGGCCGAACAGACCUGCUCUUCUUUUUCAAAAGAGAAGAAGGACCUUCAGACUAGAGUUGGGCAGAGCGGUCGAGUUCAGACCAGCUGCCAGCAGAUGCUCUUUCCUCUCUGAGAACUUAAGGAUUUUAGAGAUGGCGGCCUCACGCCCACCUGAUCUUCUGACAGCGGGAGGGAGAGGCACGAUUUGCCUGAUUUGCCCGUGAUCACAGAGCACGUGACUGGCACUGUCAGAGCAGGGGGUCGGGCCCCAGUGAAGCACUCUCUUAAGCAAAUCCCUGCUUCUCAGCUGCUCUCUCGGAGAAUGCCCAGAGGGUCUGGAAGCUGUUUGGGGUCGAGGGGUGCACAGGGUGCUCAGACACCUGCAUUUUACACUGGGUCUGGCUCCACGUUCUCUUGCAGACCUGGAUGUGCUCUGUCCGAGUCAGCCUCCUUAACCUUCCUCCAAGUCAGUGGCUCGAGGCGGGGCGGGGUGGGUUGGGGGAGUGGGGGUGGUUUCUGGCCAGCAAGGGAGACUCCCGUGCAGACCAGCCCAGGAUGGCAUGCCCUGGGGGAGGGGGCAGCAUGGGGAAGGACUUGCUCUACUUCUGUCCUUAGGAAAGGCUUCCGCCCGGUAGCCCCCUUCCCCAGAUAGCUGCCCUGUGCCGAGCAGAGUAGGGGAAGCUUACACGCAGCCUCCCUCGCUGGCGGGCCAGGAGCAGUGCUGUCCUUGCUUUCUCCCCGUGCUGUGCAAAAGAAAAUAAAUGGUCCAAACUUCCCCUCUGUGGUGGGGAAACUUAAAAGACUGGGUGGGAAGCCCUGGUGCUGUCUGGGGACAAUUGCAAAAACGUGUACUGUGUCCCUGUGGUCUCGGGAGACAUGGCUGUUCCUAAUGACAGGCAAAGGGACAUCUUAAUUGUCCUGAGGCAGCCACUCAUCUGCGGGCUUGGUGCUGAGCUGCUGCAACAGGAUUAGCAGCCCAACCCCCAGACCGCGCCCGCAGACGGCUGCCACCUCCUAGUAGUCAUGUCUGUCCCUGCAGCCGUGCACACAUCCACCCACGAAGGCUUCAGCUCCAGUGGAGGCCAUGAGUGCAGAGCUGGCAUGACCUUUGCAGAGAGGGAGAAGGGAUGGGGGACCUUCGGCCUGGGCUCCUUCUGGAAUCACUGACAGGGCCAUGCUCUCGGCAGGACGAGUGGUCAGGGUGGCAGGGUCAGGGUGGCAGGGACAGGGGCUGGGCUGGGCUAGGUGGUCAGCCUUUGCAUGCUGGUCAUCCCAGAUGCUUCUUGAGCAAACUCUUCCCUGUCUCAAGCCCCCCACGUGCGCCCCAUGAGCAAGGGUUUUCUGAGACAGGUGUCCUCAUGAGAACUCAAGGAGGAGGUCCAGAGCUGGGGUGGAAAGGGACCAAGGUGAUGCUUGGCAUCUUUGUGGGGGUCAGUGCAGCCCAGAUAUUCUGAGUCCUUACCUUCUGACCCUACAUCUCCAAAGGAGCCCCGUAGAGAGGCAGGUGACCACUCUCUGCUCUGCAAAUGGCUUGCAGUGAUGGCCGUCGGGGCUCUGGGGCUUCCGUGUGCUGUGACCAGGGAGGGGUGGAGCCUGUGGUCCCGGCUCAGAGCAGCUAGGCCAGCCCUAGCGGGCCAGGGGUUCUGGGAAAUUCUGGGCACAGGGGGUCUCCCCCAUGAAGGCUUUCUUUUCCCCUGGCAUAAAGGCCAGUUAAAUUCAACUUUCAAGGAUUCUCCCUCUUGGGUCAGGGCCGCAGACACACCGCCUGGAGCUUAAGGCCCAGCUUGUCCAACCUCGGCAUUGGGCGAUUCUAGUGACCUGCUCAGGGUCACUCCCUCCCGGUCUCCUACAGUGUUUUGAUCUGGUUUCUUCCCCGCAUCACCUGGAUGACAGGGAAGGUAGACGUACCCUGAAGGGUAAAGGACGGGCUUCCAGCCAGAGGGGGCGCUGUGCUGUCCCUCCUGCCUUCCUCAGCUGAGCUCUGUCGUGGACGUUAGGUAACCGGCAGGAGGCGCUCUCUGAGCCUUGCGUCCAGGCGCCAAGCUAGACCCCCUCGCGCACGUUUAAUCCGUACGAUUACCUUACAGCAUCGUUGCUCCUAUACAUGGAGAACCAGAAGCUCAGAGGAGCAGAGUAACUUGCCCAGGGCCACACAGUGUGAAUGUGACAAGCUGGGACUUGAGGCUGACCCUCCGCCUCUAGCGGCAGCCUCUUUCUGCCACUCCGUGCUACCUUCAGUGGCUGCGGUGGCACCUCCAGGCCUCAUUUAAGCCAGGCUCUGGGUCUACAGAGGCCAUUCCCCAAGGUCCCAUGUCAUGGUGUGACCCGGGGCCAGGUCUGGCUUCCUCCACAGGCAGAAGUCUAACCGUCCUCAGAAUGCGGCACGCUCGUCCCCUGCCCGUUGCCCCGUCUCUGUCCAAGCUUCAAGGAUGGUGGUCCCUGUCACCUGCCCCUCUCCUUAAAGCUGAGCACAAGUGGUUUUUUGUGGCCAGAAAUGUAACCAGAAAGCAGAUUUCUUGGGACACGUGCAGAAGACCCCCGGCUCCGACCCGGAGCCCAACAGAGGGGCCCACACGAGAAGUGAGGCUCGCGCAGCCAGACUGCCAAGGACAGUCGGGACGGUCCGUGUGGUGGGGGAGGCUCCAGCCCAGGCUCAGGCGUCCUGUUGAGCCCGGACUCUCCCAGCAGGCAGGACGGUGUUCCUCUGGCAAACCCCAGCCUGAGGCUCCCAUCCGGCUUCUCCUGGGUGAGGUUGGCCCAGAGCCCACCCGGACGUAAUGGGCCAGCGUUGAGGAAGAAGCUUCUUCCGUAGCUGCUCUUCAGAGAAGAGUCCUGCGUUUGCUGGAAAGUUCUCCAUGCCUGGCCAUCCACAUGCCUCCCCGUCUUCCCUCCACAAGCCAUAGGGGUCCCAUACCGUUCGUCUGCAUGUGGGAUACUCCACCGAACAGAACCACACCUGAUUUAGGGGGCUGGACCCAUGUCCCCCGAGCUCUGGAGGAGAGGCCAGAGGACACGGUAGCCUGCCGUGUUCCGAGCGGAUUCCAGCUCUUGGGUGGGCCUGGGCGACAUCAUUGCUCUGCUGUCCCUCCCUCCUCCUGAGAUCUGGGUCAAGGGGGCAGAUGAAAUUCCCCUAACCCCCCGUACCCUCCAGAGAGAGAUACGGUUAUCUCCUUUCGGGAGAUCCCUGGGAUCCGAGGGAGAAAGGGAGAGCAGGCUAGUACCACUUGGCUGGAGAGGCGAUAGGCCAUUGUCCAGCUUGUUCUAAAUGGAAGGCCUGGAUGCCAGCCAGACCACUAACAUAUGUCAGAAUCCCUCCCUGGAGACUGCGAACACUCAGCUGUCGUCUGCUCUGCCGCCCGACUCCUUCCAGACAUGCUCCUGUCCUCCUCCAAAGAGCAUGACCUCCGUUCAUCAUUAGCAGUGAAAUCAUUGAUGAUGAUUAUCUUAUUUAUCGUGCAUCUUCCUUGUGUUGUGCUCUGUUCCUAUUCCGUUUACUUGUCAGCUCACCCCUCGGAGGAAGAAGUGAGGUGCGGAAAAGUGCGUGUUAUUAUGAUCCCAUUUUUCUGGUGGAAAACUGAGAACUCACAUCUACAGAGCUGGGAUUCUGAUCCACCUGCUGGCUCUCGAGGCUGGAUGGAUGCCCUGUGUCUCCCUGCUCUGCACCGUGAGCCCUCUGGAAUGGGCCAUCCCAGGAACGGGGACUCCGAGGCUGGGCUUUUUGGGUCCUGGAUCACAGUAGGUCUGGAAGGGGGGCAGGAGUGGUGCGCACAUGUUUAGCAGUCUGAGAGCCUCACAGCAGUAGGAGGUGUUAGGAGCUUCCAGUCAGGACCUGUAAUAUUAGGAAGGGCAAAUGGGGCCACACGGGAAAGGAGGGGAGACCUGGCAAGUCUCCGGCUGCCUGGUCCAGGACAUCAUCUCCCAGCCUGCUGGGAAUUCACUGGGGAGUGCAGGGAUGGCCCUGGAUUACCAGCGCCAGCCCCAGGACAGGCCCCGUGCUCUCUGCCAGCUGUCACCCCCCUCUGCCAUGUCCUGGUACCUGCCCUUUGAGCAUCCCUAGAGCAGGCCCUAGGUGGGCUGGGAUGCCCUGAUGGGACAACUAAGGGGCUGUGCUCAGAGGGCCAAAGGGAGCAGUCGGAGCCGGAAUGUUCUGUAGUGGCCUGCUCUACCUCUCCCACCCCAUCCAUCAUUCAGUGACAGGGACAAGGGACAGGCUGGCUGAGCUGAGAGCUGGGAGCCCAGAGGAAUGGAGCUCAUAAUCUCCAAGUGGAAAAAGGAGCCUCUCCGAGAAACCCAGGUCAUCAGCAUCAAGCAGCAGUCAGAUGUCUCCAGAAAGUCACUUCUAAGAUUAGACAUUGGACAUUUUCUUUCCCCUUUUUGGGGAGGGGGUGUUGCUGGGGACAAAAUAGUGCAAACCACAGGGACUGAAGAGAGGAAGAAGUUCCCCAGAGUGAAAAAAGGGCAGCUUCCAGGAACGUAAUCGAAACUUUGGGAAAUUGCAUCAAUUUUGGAAUGUAAGUCUGUGCUGUUCUUCUGAGUCACUGGGAAAGUCGUAUGUAUUUUUUUUUAAUCAAAAGGGAAUAAAAUCAGAGGAAGCCUUUGGAGGGGGGGACAGGGUGCACAGUACCUGGGACGUACGCCACGCCCAUCCUUCGGCCAUGGUCCAGGUUUGCACCUGCCAGCAUCUGUCCAGAUGCUUUAAUGAGGCUCCGGCCUUCACCUCUGGGAGGGCUGAGGCCCUUCCUGCCUUGGGAAUAAAUCCUGACAGAUACACAAGGUAUAUUUGCAGGGAACUUGUGCACACAACAGUUGGGGAAAUCCAGAGCGUUAUUCUUCAUGGAGCCCCCCCCAUGUGGGUAAGCAGCUACCAGUGACCCCAGUGUCUGUCCCACGGGGGGGGGGGGGGGGCUUCAGGAACGAGAGAAUCAAGCAACCCAGGCGAUUCCGACCACGGCCCUGUAAACUGGUAGGAAGGAAGUCCCAGACUUUCACACUUGAGGGGAUGGAGUGUCUGAGGGGUUUGGGGGAGUUUGCCGGCUCAGGCCAGUCGGCAGGAGGGCGGAGUCCUGAGCCCAGAGCAUCUGUGUAGCAACGUUUCUGAACAAUUAGGCCAGUGGUUCUCAACCUGGGAAAAUUCUGUCCGGGGGACCUUCGGCGAUGUGCGGAGACAAUUUUGAUUUUCACAACUUGUUGGGGGUUGAUGUUCUACUGGCGUCUGGUGGAUAGAAGCCACGAUGCUGCUGAGCUUCCCCAGCAACAAAGAAUUCAUGAUGUGGCCCCAAGCACCAACAGCACCGAGGUGGGGAAACCUGGCGCCAGGCAAUGCUGUCUCUGAAUCCAAAAGUAUGGGAGUUCUCCAGAGUUCCACUUUUCCCCGUUUGCGAGUCCUGGAAUAAACCAGAGCUCCUCUGGGCAACAGCAGUGAUCAUGGCUGUGGCCCCGUGUCCCGGUAAUCCCAGCGGAGGGCAGUGGUCUGCUGCCUGCCGAGUCCUUUGGGCACCCACGGACCCUCCAUCCCCACCAUCUUGGGCUUUCAAGGGGAGACACGGCCUGGAUGGAGGAAGCCCUACAAAGUGAAUGGGAAGGCGGGGCUGAACUUGAACUUGUCCAGGUAACUUGGUCUCUGGGACCUGGAGGGACCUGACCUCCACCAGACAUGUGAGCCGCACUGCUGGGAUGGGGGAGUGGGCUGGGGUGGUGGGCGGAGGGGAGCUUAGACAGGAUGAGGAUGGGAGGGGCCGCCUCACUCUCUUUGGGCAAACCUGCAUCUUAACCUUGUUUGUGACUCUUUUCCACAUAUCCCACCCUGUUCCCUGCCCCCCUCCCUCCACCGGCUUGAAGGCAUAUUCACACUUUCUACUAUUUAAAGUUUUACGGGAACCUUAUUCUGGUUACAAACUGUUUUCCAUAGAUCAGUUCUUCCUGCAGAGAGAAUCAGAGAUGUUUCUGGGUCUGACGAACGUUUUCAUAAUCAACUUGUAAGUAGUUUACUUAAUAAUAAUAAUAAUAAUAAUAAUAAAAGGUAUUUUAACUAUUCUUGUAAUUCUUUGCUACUCAAGCCCCCUGGUUUCACGAUGAGAUCACUAACUUUUACUACAGUGAAAAGGCGAUUUCUUAAUGUGAGGCUUCAGUGUGCUCUUUGAGAAGUAUCUGACCUUGAUGGACGUAAAACUGUGGCUGUGGAAUCGUGUCCCUUUGUUAGCACUGUUUGAUUUUGUCCUUUUCUAUGAUGAUCAUUAAAAACAAAACUUUAACGCC